AUGGCCGCUGCCGCAAAAGCGAGCUUCGCCACCCUCCCAACAGAGCUUCAUCUUCAAAUAGCCUCCUACCUGACCUAUCCCGACGCUCUCAGCUUGAAGCAUACCAACAGACACUUCUACAGCUUUGUCUACACUGGUGUGAAUCUGAAAGUUGAAUGGUUGAUCAACAGACGAACGCUACAUCUGGAUUGUCCUCAUGACAAAAAGUGCGAACUUGGGAGUGAUAUGAGGUUUUGUCGAGGCAGUGUGAGGCUGCUGAUGAAGAGACGGAGGGAACAUGGUGAAUGUGAUACGAGAGAGGGAGGAAGAGGUUGUUUAGUAUUUGAUACCAAAGUUUGCACUUUUAGGAAACCGGAGUUAGGAUAUGUGGAACGGAUUAAGAAUUUAUUAGGUGCGAGUUUGCUAUGGUGGAUCUUGGCUGCUCUCGUUGGGGUUCUGCCUGCUCUUUACUUUAUCCAAGGGGGGUCGAAGGCCGUCGGGAUUGGAGACUUGUCUGUGUAA